ACAGUUUGUAUUCAUACUGAAAAUCAAAAUCAAGUGAGCUUUUACCCUUUUGUUCUACAUGAGAUUUCUGUUCUCAUUGAGCUCACCUUAGGACACCUGCGUUAUCAUUUGACAGAUGUGCCGCCCCAGCCAAACUCCCAACCUGACGGUGUCUUGGGCUUGGAUCCUCCCGUCCGAAGACGAGAGUUAAGUCCAGAACGUGGACCUUGCGGUCCGCUUCCACUUCAUCCAAUAAGUAAAAAAACGAUAAGAGUAGUGGUAUUUCACCGGCGCAUUGCUGCUCCCACUUAUUCUACACCUCUCAUGUCUUUUCACAAGGUCAGA